CAUGACCAAACUGGAGCUGUUGAACGUUUUCCUGACCGACCGGCUGACGGCGGCGGCGGAGGAGAUUUUCCGCGCCGUGAAGGACACGGUGGCGGAGUACCAGAGCGAGGUCCUGCGGUCCAGAGAGGAGAACGAGCGGCUCCGACAGCUCCUGAACGCCGCGGUGGUCCAACACCUGCUGCCGUCAGAGCCGUACUCCCUCUGGUCCCGAGAAGACGCAGGCGUCUGUGACUGGAGGAGCAGAGGGGAGCCGCUGUCGCAGCUGGAAGAGGAAAAACUCAGAGGAAGUCAGGCAGAAGCUCCACAGGAAGCAGAGGACUCGGCAGAGGGAACCUGCAGCCGUGUCCAGCAGCAGGGGCCAGGCGCCCCCCCAUCCUCGGUCACGUCUGUACAGAUAAAGAUAGAAAAUGACAAAUGCGUGUCAACCAGCGUCUUGUCGGUUCCUUCAGACUGCAGAGCAGCUCCGAGCCAUUCUUCUUUCUCCUCUGCAAAGAGUCCGGAGCAUUUAAAAACAGGCUCACAUGUGAGGGGGGUCCAGCAGGUGAGGGGGGGCCUUUGCUCCAACAGCAAACAGGGCAUGCCGCCAGUCAGGAAUGGAAGAUCCCUGAAGCUGCCUCGCCUCUCUCAGCCCAAGCAGAGCAUCCAAAGGUGGCACAGCUGCAGGGAGUGCGGUAAGAGCUUCAGCUUCGCCUGCCAGCUGGAGGUGCACAUGCGCUGGCAUACCAAGGAGAAACCGUACAGCUGCACGGUGUGCAGGAAGAGCUUCACCACCAUCAGCAUGCUGAGGAGGCACCACCGCAUCCACACCGGAGAGAAGCCGUUCCACUGUCACGUCUGCGGGAAACGCUUCAACCAAUCGGCGCACCUCAACACCCACUUCAGGCUCCACGCCAAGGAGAGGGCCAGCAGGAGCUGAGCCGUGCCUCGGCAGGAAGCAGGUGGAGGCGUGCAUCACCUGGAGCCACACUCAUCGGCAGCUGUUGACUCAGAGCAAAGCUCAUUUAAUCUGGGGUGCAUCGGUUGAAUCAAACACAGGUCAUCUGGUUGAACAAAAUUUAACUGGUUUAAUCCAGAGGUCAAAACGUAUUUAAACAGAGCUGAACUGGUUCAGUCACUCAGUCAAAACAUCUGCAGUGAUUGUGAUUAGCUGUUGUUCUAGUCCAAUAAAGAUGUCAGUAUUUGAA